AUGGGAAACCAGAACUGCCACGCCGAGAUCACCUUCGAUGAUAAUGUCAAGUGGCUCGCGCGUUUUCGCCUCGCAAGAACCUCAUCACCACCGCCGGAGGUCCGUGAUUGGAAACUUCGAAGCGAAGCUGCAACUAUGACUUACCUUCAGCGGUACACUUGUAUUCCCACGCCUAAAAUAUUUGACUGGGCAUGCGAAUCCAACUCAGGAAACCCACUUGGAGUUGACUACAUUCUAAUGGAGAAGCUGGACGGAAAGUCCCUAGAUUGGCAGGCGGCGACUCCCCAGCAGAAAGAGAAGGUUAUACAGCAGUUAGUUGACAUUUCCCUUGAGAUUGAAAGGCAUCCUUUCGAAGCAAUAGGAUCACUUGUCUCCACUGCGGGAGAGGUUAUAAACCUUCAAGGUCUCGCACAUCAAUCGACGUUCCGGAUAGGAAAAGGGCCACUCGGUCCAUUCUCUUCGCUAGAAGGCUCUCAGGUUAUCCACGAUUCCUACCUCUCAAUGAUAGCUAGUGGCGAGAUUGACCCCUACUAUCCGGUAGAUACCUACCUCGUUCAUCGAUUUCGCCAGGAUAUUGUUAGCGCUCUCUUUAAAGAUGUCCCACUAAGUAACCAGUUCUUUCUCAAGCACCCGGACGAUAAGGGUGAUCAUAUUCUGGUGAAUGACUGUUUUGAUAUUGUGGGUGUUAUAGACUGGGAAUGGACGCAAACUGUCUCGAAGGCGGAGGCAUUCUGUUCCCCGUGUAUGAUGUGGCCGGUGGCUGAGUUCUACAACGGCUUUAAUGAGCUAACCGCGGAUAAAUUACGGCUAGCUGCCAUCUUUCGCGAAAAGGGCCGUGAAGAUCUUGCUCUCUGUGUCAUCGAGGGAAGAAAGGCUCAGAGAUUUUUCUUCGCUCUUGGGCCUGAGAGCUCUUUUCUAGCUACGCAGACACUUUCAAAUACAUUUGCAGGACUCCAGCGGGCCUUCAACUUUGAAGACGAGGCUUGGGAGGCAUCGAAGAGGAAGGCUCUUGAGAAAUGGAAAGAUGAUGACUUACUCCUUGGCUUGUUGGAACUAGAAGGCUUACAUGAUCGUGUGAGGCGGAGCUGA